GUGACUACCGACGGAUGUAACUAAUGAGAAGACGCCAGCAACGUUAUCUUCACGGAUGUUUUUAAUAAUUGUAAUGGUGUUUAAAUAACAUGUCAUCAACUGAAGUAGCGAUGAAUUCAGUCCAGAAUCUGAGAGAGUUGAUCAACCAGCGACUAACUGCUGCUGCUGAAGAAAUAUUCACAGAGUUUGAGAAAACCAUCGUCCAGUACGAGGAGGAGAUCGAUCGUCAGCGCAGACUGCUGGAUAACAUCUGGAAACCACAGAUAACACAACACACAGCAGACCUCCCACAGCAACAUGUUUGUAAGCAGGAGGAGGUCCUUGUUGACCAGGAGAGGAACUCCAGUCUGGACCAGGAAGACCCAGAGCCUCCACAGAUUAAAGAGGAACAGGAGAAUCUCUGCCAUGGUCAGGAGCUUGUACUGAGACAGAAGACUGAUAUGCUAGUUCAGUUUAAGUCCAAAUGUGAAGAAUUCUCCAGAGAAAUAUUCAAAAUCUUUGAAAAAACACUCAUCCAGUGUGAGAAACAGAUCGAUUGUCAGUGCAGACUGCUGGAAAUCAUCAGGAAACCUGAAAUAAAGUUGUAUACAAUAGACCUUCCCAAGCAAUAUUUCUGUAAGGAGGAGGAGUUUCUCGCUGACCAGCAGCUCUGUAACCAGAAAAUGAACUCAUAUCUGGACCAGAAUGACCCAGAGCGUCCACAGAUUAAAGAGGAACAGGAGGAACUCUGCUCCAGCCUGCACCAGGAGAACCAAGAACCUCUGCAGAUCAAAGAGGAACAGGAAGAACUCUGUACCACUCUGUACCGGAAAGACCCAGCGUUUCUGCAGAUCAAAGGGGAACAGGAGGAACUCUGCCCCAGUCAGAACCAGGAGGACCCAGAUUCUCCCCAGAUGAAAGGAGAACAGGAAGAACUCUGCAUCAGUCAUGAAGGGGGGCAACUUGUGCUGAAGGAGGAGACUAAUACCAUUAUGGUGAUUUCUACUUAUGAGGACAGUGACCACAGUGAACCAGAACCAAACUGUGACUACCUCCUCUCUCAGAAUUCUCUUGUAGCCAAGAGCACAUGUCAGGGAGGAAGCAAGUAUGUAGACUCAGAAUCAAUGAGUAAUGCAGAACUGAAGCUAAAGAAGAGUCAUCAUUCUGAAAGCAGUCACGGUAACAAUGAAGAUGGUUCUUCCAUGCCAGAAGCUUAUUGUUAUACAGACACCAGUAAAAACCCUGCAAUAUGUGAUGUUUGUGGAAAAACCUUUAAGAAUAAGCAACAAAUGAAGAGACAUCACAGAAUCCACACACGUGUGAAACCACAUGUUUGCGAAACAUGUGGAAAAAGUUUUAGCUUUAGCUCUCGGCUGAAAGUCCACAUGAUAAUUCACACAGGUGAGAAACAGUAUUCUUGUGAAACAUGCGACAAAAGUUUCAGUCGUCGUGAUCAUUUGUUGGGCCAUAUGAGAACUCACACAGGCGAGAAGCCGUAUUCAUGUGAAAUGUGUGGGAAAAGUUUCAUUGAUAAUAGUAAUUUGACUGUCCACAUGAGAUCGCACACUGGUGAGAAGCCCUAUCCCUGCAACACAUGUGGGGAAAGAUUUAAAGACGCAUCAGGACUGAAAAGUCACAUGAGAAUUCACACAGGUGAGAAACCAUAUUGUUGCCAAACUUGUGGGAAAACUUUCUGCCAGCGUGGUAAUUUAUUGUACCACUUAAGAACUCAUUCAGGCGAGAAGCCGUAUUCUUGUCAAACAUGUGGUAAAAGUUUCAGUUUAAAUAGUAGUCUAACUGCCCACUUGAGAACUCACACAGGUGAAAAGCCAUAUUCUUGUGAAACUUGUGGGAAAAGUUUCAGUGUAAGCAGUGGCUUGACAGCCCACUUGAGAAUUCACACAGGAGAGAAACCAUAUUCUUGUCAAACUUGUGGGAAAAAAUUCACUCACUAUGGUAGUUUGUUGCACCACUUAAGAACUCACACAGGGGAGAGGCCAUAUUCUUGUGAAACGUGUGGAAAAAGUUUUACUCAGCGUGUUCAUUUGUUACAUCAUGAGAGAACCCACACGGGUGAGAAGCCGUAUUCUUGUGAAACGUGUGGAAAACGUUUCACUCAACGUACUCAUUUGUUGUACCACAUGAGAACUCGCACAGGUGAAUAGCUUUAAUGUUGUGAAACUUUUAAAAGUUUUAAUCUAUGUAAGAAUUUGAUUGCCCAUUCAAGAAGCCUCGCAGGUCGGAACCCCUGUGGUGGCUCUAUCAAAAGCAGAGUAAAUUUGCAAACGAGACAAUUUGAAAUGUUUCAUACUUAGGACGAAAUUCUUAAUAAUUUUAUGUUGAUUAUCAAUCUCUGUUUUACUUGACAGGACACGGCGAUGAUGCUACCUGAUUUAAUGUAAUAAACAGAAGUAUCAAUCUAAUUUAAUUUUUUUUUUCAAUGAAGUAUGUUGGAAAAUGUCAUGUUAAGUCAAUAUUUAAAUUAGUUGCAGUCCUGUUCGAGUUAAAAUCCAUAUUCUUGUGGUGGUUCUUUGUACAUUUUUUUGUAUAAAGAAAAGAAAAAUGUUACCUUUGCAGGAACAAUUGGAAGCAGCAGUCAUGAAUGGACUAACAAACUGUGUUUGGAACGAACAUUACAUCUUUUUGCAAAGAACUGCAAAGACAUUUAUAGGGAUUCAUAUCCAAUAGAAAUUCUGCUUUUUUUUUUUUUUAAAGAUAGUAUAAAUUAUUAUUAUUUUUAAAUCAACAUGUAGCAACUUCAAUUCGCUUCAGUUGUUCAGGUCAGACAAGACUUGCAACAUAUUUGAAGUUUUAUUUUGUGAGUACUGCACUAAUGACAUGUAAUCCAGAUCUAUAUAUAUAUGUGUGUGUGUGUGUGUAUUUAUUUAUUUGUGUGUGUCCGUUCUGUUAUUUUUCUCUCUGAUAUGCAGAUGAUGACUGAUACACGACUUCUACAGCACUGUUUGCAUGUGUGCUGAAAUUUUAACUCCAAAAUUAAAAUCAUUACCAUUACUUGUUUUUGUCAUCACUUAUAUGUCUGUUAUGAAAUUAAACAUGUUCAUGAAAAGUGAAA